CUCUAGCUCUUGCUGAUAUACGAAGCCUAGUAGCUCCAAGUAUCGAUAAAACCCAUUUGUGUAACACAUUUCUGGUGCAGUUCACGUCUGCAGCAACUGAGAGCGAUUGCUUGCAACAAGCAAUAGCAUCACGAGUGCUGCAGCCUUCAGAGGCGACGGGAAAUACAUUGGAGACGGCGGUGGGGCGCUGCAGACACUGCGGUGCUACUGCGAGUGGAAAGAAAUUCGAAACUGCCCGGGCCGCUACACCGUAAGACGGCGGCGCGACCUCGCGCGCUGGCCGCCGGAACGCCUGCUCGCCGCGGCACUAGGCGCAGCCGCACCGCAAACCAGCCUCUGGCGCCACAGUAGCAGUACAAGUGACGCAAUCCACGCCGUGCGUUUCGCGGGCGGCGGCGGCCUCCUCACGUAUGCGCGCGCGGACGGUACGUUCAUUCAUACGUUCAACACGGAGAGCGGCCUCCUGCGCAAGAUUGCUGCGCUGCGCGUGACGCCGGAGGUGCCUCAGCGUGCGCGCUGCGUGCUCGGCGUCCUUGCGUUCCUCGACGACCGCGACCAGAACGCGUCCGCCUAUGCCCUCGUAAGGCGGUUUGAUGGAUGAGGCGAGCCUCGCACAAUUCCGCGCGGCGACGGCGCCGAGCCGCCGCGUCGCGAAUUUGCGCCACGUCCGCGAUUGCGUCAUCAAGCGCGACGCGGACCCGUACUUAAGACCCGCGGAGGUCCUCGCGUUGCUCGAGCCGGAGCGGCUGGGCGCCAUCGAACUUUAUGCUGCGGAGGACCCGGAGCCGCAGAUACGUAAAAGUAGAACGAUCCCGCGCAUCAAGACGAUCGAGUUCCGCUCAUACAUGGACCGCAACGAGCCGUGCCUGAUCGAAGGUAUUGGGAGGGACUGGGGUCUGCGGGAGUACGUCACGGAAGGCGUACCGGACCUCGCCAAACUCGCGGAAACGUACGGUAGGGUCCAGGUGCCGGUCCAGGACGCCGGCGUGGCGAAGAUGAUGCCGUUGUCACAGUUCGCCCGGGUCUGGCGCGAGAAGAUUGCUGAAGGCCGGCGCUACUAUCUUAAGGACUGGCACUUCCGCCUGGACGGCCUCGGUCAUUUGGCGCCCGUUCCUGAAAUCUUCGCGGACGACUGGCUGAGCGGGGCCCGCGACAUGGACUACCAUUUCGUGUAUCUCGGCGCCGCGGGCACGCGUACGAAGCUGCACUGCGACGUCGUCAACAGCUUCUCGUGGUCGGCGAACGUCUGCGGUUCCAAGCGCUGGCGGUUCUUACCCGCGGCCGAGACCUCUUUGCUACGGGACGUGUUCGGCGAGGACGUCGCGUCGAGCUUCGGGCCGUCGUCUUCAGAAUAUCCGCGGCGUGGGAAAGCACGACCGAUCGAGGUCGUGCAGCAGCCCGGGGAAGCCAUUUUCGUGCCUUCGGGCUGGUACCACGACGUGGAGAACCUAAACGACUGCCUCUCCGUGAACUGCAACUGGGCGAACGCCUCGAACUUGUUGUGGUGCGGACCGCGCCUCGUCGACGAAGCAAACGCGGCGCCGGGCGAGGUCUCGACCUCCCAUUUCCUGCGGCGCGUCGCCGCGCGCGCCGCGUCCACACAAAGCCCGCGCGACCUCGCCGCGGCGGCGGCGGCAGCGCGCGCGCUGGAGGGGCGCGAGGGCGACGCGGCGGUCGCGCUCGCCGCCGCGGCCGACGCGCGGCGCGCGGCGCUCGUCGACUCGGACUCGGACUCCGGCGAGGACUUCCUCGGCCGCGUCGGCGCGGACUUGUUCGAGGACGAUGAAACGCCGCGGCGGCGGCCUACGCGGCGCGGCUGGACGCCGGGCUUCCACGACGUGGUGGACCGCGGCGUGACUAGCUUUGAGGCUGAUGUGGGUGGGCGUAGAGUGUGUUGCCGCUUGGGCUACCGCGAGAGCGGCACCGGGUCUAGUGUUUGGGACGGCGCCGUCGUCCUGGCGCGCUUUCUGGAAACGCACCCGUCCCUCGUCCGCGGCAAGCGGGUCCUCGAGCUAGGCGCGGGCACGGGCUUUGGCGGGCUCUGCGCGGCGGCGCUCGGCGCUUCAAAUGUGACGCUGACGGACAUUGAAGCGUGCCUGCCGCUGCUGCGGGAGAACGCCGCGGGCGUCGACGGGGUGGUCGUUGAGGCGCUCGACUGGACCGAGCCCGUAGCCCCGUCGCAGCGCGCGGACGUCCUUCUCGCGGCGGACUGCCUGCUCCCGGGCCGCGAGGGCCUCUUCGCGCCGCUCGCGACGACGCUCGCGGCGCUGCUCGCCGGGGACGCCGUCGCGUACUUCGUCUACGAACAGCGCUGCAUGGACUGUGGGCCCUUCUUCGAGCUGCUGCGCGGCGCCGGCGUCGCUGUAUCCUGUAUUCCGGACGACGACCUGCAUCCGGAGUACCGAGCUCCCGAGAUACGGGUGCUCGAGCUGCGACGAACCUAA